UUUUACUGUCUUGAAUAAAAUUCCCACCUAUUUGCGAAAUGCGAGUCCACAAUGAUGUUAAAAAUGCGUGUCAGCGAUCGUUAAUCACUACUUACUUUAUGUAAUUUUGUAUUUAAACGCCCCACGCAAACCCCACGCACAGUUAACUACGUGAUUAGUUAACUAUCCGACUAACUACGUUUUGUGCAACGCAGUUAAGUCAUGUAGUUAACUAAUUACAGUUAAGGAUUUAACUACGGUAGUUAAUGCUAACUGCUGUUAGCGCUAACUACGUUUUUAUACAACCGGCCCCUGCGCUUUUUUGCCGUGCUCAAUGGAAUUAUUACAGAGCUUGACAACACGUACGCCAACCGGAAGUCAAUUAAGCCGUUAUAGAUGGCGCGUAAUGGCGUCAGCAGUUCUCGUUUUACGUCGUUUUAAUUUUAUCGCCGUUUUUAAUUUCUUAGAAAUAAUGAUGCUUUUUGGAGUGAAUCAAUUACUCUGUUGCCUAAUAUUUGCAUUGGGUAAGUUAUAAUAAACUAAACCAAUUAAACUUGCAACAACAUUUCUGGUGAACUCCAUCUCUUUUAUCUGGAACGAUAACCAGCUGGGAAAAGUACUUUAUUGGACGUCAAUGGCCUCCAUUUUGGCUUCACUUUUCUUACAGGACGAAUGACUGAAGUUGUUGCUCUAUAAAUAUAUAUAUAUAUAUAUAUAUCACUAAUCGUACGUACAAGCUGGCGUGGAUUCUUGACGCCACUGCAUGUUUAUACGCGUUGCUGACGCGAGGGUUCACUUUUUUAGAAAAAAUUCCAACAUCCCUAUACAUGUCAAAUUUUGAAUGUGAAGAAAUUAAUCUCGAUUACUUCACAUGAUUCAUGCAUGUUACGAAAUUACCCAAUUUUGCAUGUAAAUAACGCAUGCAUGUAAAUAGAUGCCAUAUAUAUGCGUUUGCAUCUAAAGUCACAAUAGAAUCGGUUUUGAACAGGAUCUCAUCUGUAAAUUAAAAGACACAUGCGAAAUUAUUUUACAUUGUUAAAUUUGGAAAUAGAUAACAUGAUUUUAAAAGUCCACUCCCUGAGCUCCAAUAAUUUCUCCCUUCAAUUGCAAAAAUUUGAUUAAAAAAGGAAACCGAGUACCAGUUAUUACCAAGUACCGAAAAUAUUAUUAAUAUUAUGCUGAUGCAUGUGCUAUGUUUAGGAGCUUACGGCAGUGCAAGUAAUGCGGACUGGGAAAAGAAAUUCGUAUUGGAAGAAUCAUGGGACAGUCAGAAAUUUUUAAGUAUGAUUUUCAAUAUUGUAUGAUCAAUGAACUGUUAUGUUUUUAAUCUACGCUUGUGAGUUCAUAUAGCAGCACUGCUGCAGUAUAUACAGAAAACCACAAACAAUCGGCUGAGUUCUAUUCUCAGGUUUCACACAUAGUGUUCCGGGUUUAGGCUAUUAUAGGUAUUGUCGGGUUUAGGCUAGGGAUAUGAAGCUAGGGAUUCUCGGGUUUAGGCUAGGGAUAUGAAGCUAGGGAUUCUCGGGUUUAGGCUAGGGAUAUGAAGGUUAUUGGGGUCAAGGUGAAAGAGAAAUUAAACAUGCAGUCACAACUAAACAUUAGGAUAUUAUCAAGAAUUGGUUGUAGAAUUUGGUAUUUAUUUCAUCCCAAAUAUAAAGCAAAUUAACAAAUAGAUGGAUUACAAAUUUUGUUUCCAAUAGCACUGAAUGGGGACCUUCCACUAGAAGGUGAAUCAAACAAUGAGUUAGUUGCGCUUCGUGAGCAACCAGUCAAGGAAACUCGUGUGAAAAGGGAAACACCGACUGGAAGUGGAAGUGGAAAUGAAUCAAGUGAUGAAAGUAAGUGAUACAAUAGUGUAGCUAUUUCAAUUAAGGUUGUCCCCGAGCAAAGCGGAAAAGUCGAAUACGAGCGCGAAAGGCGUGCUGGGAAUCGCUAAAAAUUCAUUAAUUGACAUAGCUGUAGAUAAAGCAAGCACAAUACGGACCGAAUACGAGCGCGAAAGGCUUGCUGGGAAUCGCUAAAAAAUUCAUUAAUUGAACUAGCUGUAGAUAAAGCAAGCACAAUACGGACCUCUCGCGUUUUGCACACGAAAACAAACCGAAAAAUGAAAACAAUUUGAAACCGAAAAAUUAACUCAAACAACUAUUCCAAAGUAGAAAAAUUCAUAUAAUCAUUUACAUGUAUGAAAUAUAUAUGCGAGUCACUCAUUAAAAUAAAACAGCAAAUUAAUAACAACUUAGCAUGCAUGCAACUCUCAAAAGUCAAAACUUAAUUAAGGGAAGAAAAUAUGAGAAUUGCAAUUUUGUUAUCUUGUCUAAAUAGUUCGAAUCUUGAGUAUACAAGAUGUCGUUAGUAUUCGGAGUGUGUAUAUACAUCUUAUAUUUCGCGAAAUUGUGUGCUGGUAAAAGAUAUUGUUAUCCAAGGUGUUUUUAGCCAAGCUGCAAAGGGCAGAUUAAUAGCUUAUAAUUGGUGUAGCGAAUCAGUUUUAAUAUAGCUACACCGAAUUUGGACAGCCGACAUUCCGGCCUAUCGUUCUUUUUUUUUUACUUUUAGGAGGAGUGACCAACAUUUGCAGGGAAAAGCUCGAUCUUGGGUUUAUUUUAGACAGAUCUGGUAGUAUCGGCUCAACUAAUUUUGAAAAAAUAAAAUCUUUUGUUAAAGAUCUUACUGACUAUUUCGAGGUUUCUCAAACGUACACAAGAGUGUCUGUGAUGUCAUACUCCUCAUCCUCUACUAUACAUUUUCAAUUUUCUCGACAAUUUCCAACCAAGCAGGAUCUUUAUUCAGCAAUCGACAGCAUUUCGUAUGAUGGAGGCGGCACCAACACCGGAGAAGCAUUAACGAAAGCAUAUACAACCAUGUUCAAUACCAAUAAUGGGGCCCGACUUUCAGGUAUGUUAUAUUCUUUUCAAUGAUUCUAAGUUUUGUAUUUUGUAUCCCCCAUUACUACGCCAAACUGUUUUUCCCUAGUCACAGUAAGUUCUAAGUAGUUUCAAUAAGCAAAAUAUUUCGUUCAUGCAUUUAAAUUGGAUAAAACUCGCUAUCAGUCCUCGUUGACUCGGUAGCUCAAUGGGUAGAGCGGCGGUCUGUAGUAACACAACGAGGACGCGAGUUUGAAUCCCACUCGAGCCAGUAUCAGAAUAAUAUGAAACUAGUUGUUCUUAACUUAGUUUGCCCAAGAUGUUUUCGUUUCUUUUAAAAGAAAAAAAUGGCAUAUUGCCCCAAAGCCAGGGCCCGAGUGUAAUGAGUAAAUCAGUUUAACAUUGAAAAGAAUUAUAAAUUUUUAUGCUCAUAGUGUCAAAUGUUACUAAAAUCAUAAAAUCAAGUAGAAAAAUUAUUUUGUUGCUGACCGGUGUCGCAGGAAAUCAUACCCCUACCAUAAUACAAAAUCUGUUGGAGAGCACAUUUAAACUGGCUUAUGUUGCACGUGUUUGAAUGUUUAGCGUGCAAUUUAUUACAAAUUUCACUAUAAUUGAAACUUUGUUUUGUGAAGCUGAGAUUUUUUAAAAGUGUGUUUUCAGAAUGCAGGAAUUAGCUACUAUUUCAGAGACCCAAAUUUUAAAAAUUUCCUGCAAAGGUGCAUAUAUCCCCAAACCCCCAACCUAAGUCGUUCCUGCGGCACUCCGCUCACAGCUUCGGAGCUCGCAUACUAUCCUGGGGGAAGGGCAAGGAAAAUGGGCCCUUUGGCAGUUUUGCCCCAGCAAUGAAGAAUCCUUAAAAAAUUCAAUGUUUAUAGUGGCAAAAAUAUAUUAUUUAGAUGCAAGGCAGGUUUUGAUAGUUCUAACUGAUGGCCAAAGUAGUGGUGUUGACCAACCAGCACAGCAACUCAAGAGCAUUGGUGUUACAAUAUUUUCUAUUGGAGUUGGUUCGGGUAUUCGUGUUUCAGAAUUGGAAACAAUGGCAUCACCCCCAGUUGAUGAACAUGUUUACCUGUUGAAAAAUUUUACUGAGCUUUCAACGUUGGCAGAGAAAUUGUCGUCUUCAACUUGCAAUGGUAUCCAUAUAAUAUUUUUUAUUUUAU